AUGAACACCGAGGAGCAGUAUUACGCUUCGGCACAGCUCUACAAAGAGUCGUGUGCGUUUCAGAGAACCCAGGCGCAGGAUUACAACCCCAACCCUCCCGCCUGCCUGUACAUAGGAAGGCAGCAGCAGACACCUUACUCUAGCGCCUUAGGGGCUCUCGAGCAAGGCAGUCCGCCAGACAUUUCACCUUACGAAGUGCCUCCCAUCACAGAGGAUGCCGGGGUCUCCCACCUUCAUCACCACCACCACCACCCUCAUCUUCCUCCUCCCCACCAGGACUCCCUGCCUUUCGCAGACGGGGCAGACACAGGGGCAAUAGAGGAGCCCCGAGUGCAGGUGCCUUUCGCCUGGAUGAAGUCCACCAAAUCACACGCCUGGAAGGGACAGUGGACCGGUGGGUCCUACGUGGUGGAGCCGGAGGAGAACAAGCGGACGAGGACAGCAUACACCAGGGCGCAGUUGCUGGAGUUGGAGAAGGAGUUUCUCUUUAACAAGUACAUCUCCAGGCCGCGGCGGGUAGAGCUGGCUGUGAUGUUGAACUUAACAGAAAGACACAUUAAGAUCUGGUUUCAGAACCGGCGGAUGAAGUGGAAGAAGGAAGAAGACAAAAAGCGAGGGGCAGGCAACAGCAAUGACCCCGAGCAAGACUGUGUGGUGUCCUCCGGGGAGCUCCCGGGUAAGGAGGAUCUCCAGUCGUGCUCCCCCGAGAACCUGCCCUCGGGGGCCUCCAGGGACCUGCUCCCCCCUAGUCUCGUCCUCAGAAGGCAACAGGACUCUCGGUAA